AAAUCCUUAAAGGUUUUCAUCAGUCUCAUAAUCAUGGCGGUCAACAUAACAAAUGCUUCUAGUGCAAUGACCAAUGUGUUUUCAUUUGGAAUAGUGGAUUAUGUUGUUUUCGUUACACUUUUAGGAGUAUCCGCAUCGAUUGGAUUAUAUUUUGGAUUUUGUUCAAAAGCUGAAAAUACUACAGAAGAAUAUCUUCAUGGUGGAAAGCGAAUGAAAACAUUGCCAAUUGCUAUUUCGUUGGUAGCGAGUCAACUUUCUGGAAUCGCAAUAAUGACAAUACCAUCAGAAAUUUACGGUUAUGGAAUAAAUUUUAUAUUUACUAUUCUAUGUAUAUUUCUAGUUGUUCCGGUAUUAUGUUCCUUGGUAAUUCCAGUGUUCUAUGAAAAUAAUAUAUCAAACUGUUACGAAUAUCUACAAAGAAGAUUUAACAAAACAACACGCCAAAUUGUUACUGUUUUAUUUAUCUUGACGACAUUUUUAAACUUACCGGUGUAUAUUUUCAUUCCAUCUUUAGCAUUUUCUCAAGUAACUGGCAAUAAUAUACAUGUCAUUAAUGCACUAGUGUGCUCAAUAUGUGUGUUCUAUACAAUGCUUGGUGGUAUUAAGGCUGUAGUAUGGACAGAUGUUGUUCAAGCUCUUGUGAUGAUUGGUUCUGUAGUACUGAUAGCUGUAAUGGGUGUUAUUAAAGCUGGUGGAAUAAACCAAGUAUUUGAAAAUUCUAUUGAUGGUGGCCGUUUGCAUGUUAACUUUGAACUUGACUUAACAACACGCUCAACGUUUUGGAAUGCUUUAACAGGAUCAUUUUGCAUGUGGAGUAGUUAUAUUGGCUUCAAUCAAAGCUGCGUACAGAGAAUUGUAGCAUUGCCAUCGUUGUCUCAUGCAAAAAAAUCACUUUACCUUUUUGGUGUUGGAUUUUUAAUCAUCAUGCUGUUAAACGUCUUUACUGGAGUAAUACUAUUUGCUAAGUAUUAUGAUUGUGAUCCUAUUGCCACAAAGGCUGUAGAUAAAAUUGACAAAAUGGUACCAUAUUUCGUUCAAGAUGUCGUUGGACAUAUGCACGGUAUUCCUGGAGUUUUCAUUUCUUGUGUAUUUAGUGCUUCAUUGAGUACAAUUUCAGCAAAUUUAAAUUCAUUAUCAGGAAUCAUCUAUUUCGAUUGUGUUAAAUCCUAUAUCAACCACACUGAAUGGAAGGCAAAUCUUUUUAUGAAAAUCUGUGUUGUCGUUAUUGGAACAUACUGCGUUAUGGGUGGAAUUGUUGUUGAACAAUUCAAAUCGAUUUUGCAAGUUGUUUACACUGUGAGUGGAAUUUCACAUGGAGCUGUGUUUGGUAUAUUUACAGUUGGAUUAUUAGUACCAAGAGUUCAUGGAAGGGCAGCAUUGAUAGGUUUAAUUCUAAGCUUAAUUGGAAUGUUAGUCAUUUGCUAUGGAGCUCAAAGGGAAAUAGAUGCUGGAAACCUAUCUUAUGAUCUUUUGCCAGUGCGAACUGAUGGUUGUGAGGAGGUUAAUAUAUCUUCACCAUUUCCAACAGAGCAUUUACUGGUGGAAGAAAACGAGGCAAAAAGUUUUUCGAUUUUUAAAAUAUCUUUCUAUUGGUAUGCAGUCUUAGGAACUAUUUUUAUUUGGUUUACAUCUAUAGUCCUGAGUUUUAUUAUUCUGUCGGAUAAAAAAGAGCUUGACCAAAAAUUGUUAUCACCAAUUGUUAGAUCUUUUGUUACAGAUGUCAACACCGAAGCUGAAGAAGUUCCACUUAAAGUACCGAAUUAAAGUUGUAAAGUAAAAAAAAAA